AGAGGCCAGAAGAAGGCCUUUUGAGGCACCGCUCCCUCCCUAGCUGUGAGACUCUAGCUACUUCACCAUGAGACUUCUAGCCCUUUGCAGUCUGCUCUGCAUGCUGCUUCUCUGCUUCUGCACCCUCUCCUCAGAAGGGAGAAGGCGUCAUUUGAGGCCCCCAAGACUCGGGCCCUGCUGUAACCCGGUUCAUAGAUCCAAACUGACAACCCAAAAAGCCUUGGCUAUACCAGAAGCUGUCCUCACCUUGGGAAACCAAAGCAGACACCACACAAGGCCCUGCAGAUCAUGCAGAAUCAAGCCACCAUCCAAGCCAUGGGUGGUACCCGGCGCUCUCCCACAGGUAUAGAGCUCCUGAAGCCUAGCUCCACCCAGA